UCCCCUGAAGCCUGAAGCCCUUCCCUUGGAGCCCUUCCCCUGGAGCCCUUCCCCUGGAGCCCUUCCCCUGGAGCCCUUCCCUUGGAGCCUGAAGCCCUUCCCCUGGAGCCCUUCCCCUGGAGCCCUUCCCCUGAAGCCUGAAGCCCUUCCCCUAAAGCCCUUCCCCUGGAGCCCUUCCCCAGGCGCCUCCUCGCAGGGGAACGGAGCCGACAGAUUCCGCUCGCCGCCCACAGCCCACAGCCCCCAGCCCACAGCCCCCAGCCCCCAGCCCCCGCCAGCCGCAGCCCGGGGCAGAGCGACUCGCGCGGCGCCACUUGCGGUGAGGAGCGAUGCCGACGGAUUUGUGUCGUCGUUUCCACUGAGUUGGGGCCAGCGGUGACAGGGCGGUGCUGUCUGCUCCACGGGGAGUCACCCACUCUUGACCAUGCGGCUGCUGCUGCCGCUGCGGCUGCUGCUGCCUCCACUGCUGCUGCUGCUGCCGCUGCUGCUGCUGCUGCCAGAGUCGGCUCGAUGCGCGCCCUUCAUCGUCUUCGAAGGCGAGGAGGAGCCCAACCGGCCCACGGACCUGCAGGUGGCCACGCGCUACCUGCGGGACUUCGGCUACUACGGCAGCGACGAGGGAGGAGCGCCGGAGGGCCGCCGCUUCGCCGACGCCCUGCGCAGGAUGCGGAGUCGUCUGGGCGUCGCGGCGAGCGCCGGGGCCGCCCUGGACCGCGCCACGCUCGACGCGAUGGCGCUGCCGCGCUGCGGGGAGGUGGACGAGGCGGGCUCCCCGCCGGGGAUCGAGCGCGUGUGGCCUCGCACCGAGCUCACCUACAGGGUGGUUGGCGAGACGGGCGACCUGGAGCGGGCCGUCGUGGAGGGCAUGGUGGCGCGUGCCAUGGCGGUCUGGUCGUCCCCGUCGCUUCUCCGCUUCAGUCCGGCGCCCCACGGCCAGCGGCCGGACAUCUCCAUCAGCUUCCACACCAAGGACCACGGGGACGGGCGGCCGUUUGACGGGCCGGGCGGCGUGGUGUCCCACUCGCAGGGCGACUCGCGCGACGGAGUGCAGAUCCACGUGGACGACGACGAGUUUUGGACGUUCGGCGAGGGACGAGUGGUGAAGACGCGGUUCGGGACCGCGCAUGGCGACUUCUGCAUCUUCCCGUUCACGUUCGGGGGCCGCCUCUUCCACACGUGCACCGCGUCGGGCCGCGACGACGGCCUGCCCUGGUGCUCGGCCACCGACGACUACGACCGCGACCGCCGCUUCGGCUUCUGUCCUCACGAGGAGGCGUUCACUGUGGACGGUAACGGAGAGGGGGCCCCGUGCGUCUUCCCCUUCGUGUACGGCGGUCGCGAGUACAGCGCCUGCACCUCGGCUGGCCGCGACGACGCUGAGCGGUGGUGCGCCACCACGGCCAACUACGACGCCGACCACAAGUACGGCUUCUGCCCGCCCUCCGCCCUGACCACGGUGGGGGGCAAUGCGGACGGCGCUCCGUGCGUCUUCCCCUUCCGAUUCCUGGGGCGGAGCUAUGAGACGUGCACGGCGGAGGGUCGCGCCGACGGGCGGCUGUGGUGCGCCACCACGGGCAGCUACGACGCCCACCGCAAGUGGGGCCUCUGCCCCGCCGCCGGCCUCAGCCUCUUCCUGGCGCUGGUGCACGCCGUGGGCGACGCGCUGGGGCUGGGCCACUCGCAGCAGCCCGGGGCCGCCGCCUUCCCCAUCCUCUCGUACCGCCGCAACUUCCGGCUCAGCCCCGCCGACGAGAGCGCCGUCCGUGACCUUUACGGGGAGCUGCGGGUCGCCGCCGCCACGGACGACGCGAGUGCCCGGCGCGAGGGCCCCGAGGGGUCCGAGGGGCCCGGCUUGUGCGACGGCGCCGUGGCCGUCGGGGCCGCGGUCCAGCGCGGAGAGACGACGAUCGUCUUCAAGGGCAGCCUCUGCUGGGAGCUCGUGGGUCCCGGGGGAGUCCCCAGGGGGCCGUUCCCCAUCGCGCGGCGCUGGCCAGGGGCACCCCCCGCGGUGCAGGCGGCCAGCGGAGGCCCCGGGGCCGACGACGUGACCCUCUACGCAGGCUCGCUGACCUGGAGGUUCUCCGGAGGGCGCCUCGUGGGGGCCGCUCCGAGGCCGCUGCCGGUAGCCGACGGAGCGGAGGGCCCCGUCCACGUCGACGCCGCCUUCUACAGCCGCCGCUGGCAGAGCCACCUCGUGUUCUCGGGACACCUGCUCUGGAGGUACGAUUCUGAGAUGAAGACGAUGCAGCCCGGAUCGCCGCGCAGGAUCCGGGCGACGUUCUCCGGCCUCCCGGCUUCGAUAGACGCCGCUUUCGAGCGCGACGGUCUGGCGUAUUUUAUCAAAGGCCACCGCAUCUGGCAGUACGACGGGCGGACACUGACACACCAGGGCUUCUUCAACUCCGAUUGGCUUGGCUGCAUCACUUGACCUGGGCGCCUCCGUCCCACUCCGUGCCCCUGUGCCCUGUGUCUGAGGAGCAGGGCGAGGGUGAAUUAUUUUGGUGACCCAAGCCGGAAAAUGAUUCUCCCCCGAGAUGUGUGCACAGAGGGCAGGGUUCACUAAUUGACGGGUAAACGACAACCGCCGCUCAGAGAUGCAGAAUUUAGAAAACUCAACUAAACUUUAUCUUUAUUUUACCAGCUCUGCGUGUGAUGCGGCUCUCGAACUAUUUUGGUCAAUGACAAAGACAAAAGCACGUGGCACUUCUUCCUUGAAAGCUUGUCCACCCCUGGUCUAUCCCAAGACGUCUGGCCAACUUGGAAGAGUAGUAGGCCCAUCAGAGAACGCUCUGCAAAAUGCAAAUAGUUUCCUGGAGUAAACUCAACUGUUGUUUAUAUUACCAGGUAAGGCCCACUGAACUAUGUAGCUCUUUUUCAGAAGCGAGCUGGCCACCACAAAUGAUAUCUCAACGAAGGGGCUUAUCGUGUGGAAUUUUAUAGCAGCCAAUUACUCUGAACGCGUGAUGUUGAUUCUCAACGUAGAGAGGAAAAACCGGAGGACCCGGAGAAAUAUCCACGUGACCACGGGGAGAGAGACGCAAACUCCAAAUAUACGGCAGCAGGCGUCAGGGUCGGCAUCGAACCCACGACCUCCUGUACACCCGGCGAGGUAGUUAACAUCUCGCCACCGUGGCGCCCGGUGUCCUUCUGCUAGCGCCAGUCGAGUUUAUAAACGGCCUGUCGAGAUGUUCCCCAGGGUGUCACUGUAAGCCAGGCUUCUUCAUUGCGAGGUCCCGCGAGCCACUGGCGGCCCCUGGCGGCCUUUAGUGCGGCCCCCGACAAUACACACCACGUGACAACACCACCCCACCCCCAUCAUCAUCGUCAUCGUGCUGCUGUCAACCCCCCAAUGGUUCAAACGUGUGGCAACCCUCAACACUGACGAUGUCUAAUCCGCGAAAGUGCCCCCUCCACUGGACUCAUUUUUUCCACUGCUGCGUCCCAGCCGAGCCAGCUUGAGGGCCCUCUCGGUGCUGUUUACCGAGCCGAGCCUGAAGCAAACCGUGAUACAUUGGCCUCACAAGACCGAUUUGAAAUUUGGCUCGGGUCGCAAGCGUUGUAUGUACGUACGUGUGUUGAACUUCUUUCGCACCGUACGUAGCCAACCGUGCUCAUUGGAGGUGCGGGGGAAAGACAACAAACUUAACACAAACAAGCAGUUUUACAUUUAAGAGUGCAUAGAGCCAGUGGCUACCCAAUAGCGUCCAUUCGUGUGACGUCAAGUCGGCGCGCACUGCGAGCACGAAGCGCCGCUGCCUCGUCUGCACGCGGCUCAACUCGUUCAUUGAUUGCGAAGUCGGCAGCACGGGUUCAGGAUUUGCAGUGGAAAAGCAACCUAGCGUCUCCUGAUCCGUGCGGGGCUGGCUUGGCAUGGCUCGGUUGCGCAGUGGAAAAGUCGUACGUGAGACGUACCAGGUUGCAAUUACGCACCACUCUUUGGUUCGUAUAAAGAAAAUUAAUUAAUUACUAGAAUACGACGUUUCGAUUGCAACACAAUCAACCGUCAUCAGGUAGAACUAAAUUUGAGAGACAAAACACAGACACGUCGACACACAGACAGACACAAGCAGAGAGAGACAACACAGAGACACAGAGAGACACACAACAUAGACACACAGAGACACCCAAUGGCUCUUUUUCGAGGCCCCCUCUCUCUCGAUUUAAGGCCUUGGAGGCAUUGGCUCUCUGUGUGUCUAUGUUGUGUGUCUCUCUCUCUGUGUAUCUGUGUUGUCUCUCUCUCUGCUUGUGUGUUUGUCUGUGCGUCUCCGUGUUUGUGUUUUGUCUCUCUCAAAUUUAGUUCUACCUGAUGACGGUUGUGUGUGUUGCAAUUGAAACGUCGUACUCUAUUAUUUAAUUUAUUUUCUUUCUACGUGACUUUACCGAAAGAACCAAAGAGUAAUUCCUGCAGUCACGAAAGCUUCAAAUCAAGUUUUAAUUACGCACCGAUUAUCAUGUUUGGUCAAUGGCUAAAAAUUUGUCGAAUCUCUGCAGUCAGUAUGCUGCCAAAAAGUGGCCGAUUUGCUCAAUUACUUCUGUUGAUAUUAAAAUUUAGCGCAUUUUGUUUUAUUCUUCUCAAUCUCAAAAAACAAACAAACUAUUAUAGCCAUUGGCAAACGGCAAAGUAUUUAUACAACGGCCCACAGCAAUUACGAGCCAGCAAGCGUGCAUUCGGGGAAAUCAUCGGGCAGAUUUCAAACCCAUGGGACGAAAUAAAACUCCAAAAGCAAAUUAGGCAAAAAUUAUGGAUGACGCAACGCGUUUACAAACUGCUUUUGUCUUCGGAAGUAUUUAAUUAGCAGACCAAAAACCGAGAAUGGCUAAUUUGCGUUCGCAUGUUUGUAAACGUGUUUUUUUUUGCGCUGGCUUUUUGUCUUCAAUCUUUGGGCAACCCUUUCAUGAACGUGGCCGGUUUUCAAUCGGGCAAAUCCCCCGCAACUUUAUUCUGCGGCUGAGAUCUGAUGAGAGGGGGGCGCAUUCCGAGUGGCUUGGUCCUAGGCCAGGUCGACUUUGUAAGAUUUUCUUCGUGUCACCAGGGCUUCUCAAGUUCAUUUCCCGCACCUCCGAUUAGCACGGUCGGCUGUGUACGGCGCGAAAGAAGUUCAACGUACACACAACUCCGUGGCGCAGUAACAUUAUCAGCUCAAUAUUGUAUUUGUGUCGCAUGGUCGCAUCCAGGCUAACAUAUAUCGCGGCUCCUCUUGCCUUUUAAAAUAAUUACAUGGAGCGUUGUUGUUGUUGUUUUUCUUUUCCACUGCUGCUGUUGUUGAAAACAAAUGUCAUCAUAGUGGUUGUCAAGAGGGGCCCCCCAGCUCGUAGCUGUGGCCACCAGGGGGGGCAAGGCACCCCCCACCUGCCCCCCACGCUAGCGACACUACAGGUGACCAUACUUCACCACGCCAGCUACACUACAGGUGACCAUACUUCACCACGCCAGCUACACUACAGGUGACCAUACUUCACCACGCCAGCUACACUACAGGUGACCAUACUUCACCACGCCAGCUACACUACAGGUGACCAUACUUCACCACGCCAGCUACACUACAGGUGACCAUACU